AUGGCAGCUGAUGAAGCUGGCUGUUUUGACACACUUUCCUGUUCAUCAUGGCCCACAUCUCCAGGCCUCCGGUGGGAAAAGCGAUGGUGUGACCUCAGGCUCAUUCCACUACUGCAUGCCCGCUUCUCCCAGUACAUUCCCGGGACUGACCUGAGUCGGCAGAAUGCUUUCCAAGUUGUUGCUGUGGAUGGAGUCUGCAGUGGAAUUAUUCAGUGCCUCUCUGCUGAAGACUGCAUGGAUUGGCUCCAAGCAUUAGCAGCAAAUAUUUCAAACCUCACAAAACACAAUAUCAAAAAAAUCAACAGAAACUUCCCUGUGAACCAGCAGAUAGUCUACAUGGGCUGGUGCGAAGCACGGGAGCAAGAAUCCCUCCAGGAUCGUGUGUACACACCUGUCUUUCUUGCCCUGAGGGGCUCCUGUCUUUACAGGUUCCCAUCACCUCCAGUGACUACCUGGGAUUGGACACGUGCAGAGAAAACUUUCUCUAUAUGUGAGACCAUGUGCAAGGUUCUCAAGGACAGUGACCUGCUGGAUCAGAGGAAAUACUGCUUUACUAUGCAGUCUGAGUGUGGGGAGGACUUCUACUUCUCUGUGGAGCUAGAGAGUGACCUUGCCCAAUGGGAACGAGCCUUCCAAACAGCCACCUUCCUAGAAGUGGAGAGGAUACAGUGCAAGACCUAUGCAUGUGUGCUGGAGAGUCACCUAAUGGGCCUCACUAUUGACUUCAGCACUGGCUUCAUCUGCUAUGAUGCAGCAACAAAGGCUGUACUUUGGAGGUUUAAAUUUUCUCAGCUUAAAGGCUCAUCAGAUGACGGCAAAAGCAAAAUAAAAUUUUUGUUUCAGAAUCCAGAUACUAAACAAAUUGAAGCAAAGGAGUUGGAAUUUUCAAAUUUAUUUGCUGUUCUUCACUGUAUUCAUUCAUUUUUUGCUGCCAAAGUAGCUUGUUUAGACCCUCUAUUUUUAGGUAAUCAGGCUGCUGCUUCUGCUGCUGGCAGCUCUGUUCCUACAAGCAAAGCAAAGCACAUGGCUUGA